UCAGCAAUUUGCCGCCGCGACAUGGCGGCGUACUCCCCGGGUUCUGCGCCAGCAGCGUUCAACCUGUUGGCUGCAGCGAAGCGUAUCUGGAACGAUGUCGGGCCGGAGAUCAAGGCAUCAGACACACUGAAGGAAGGACCGCUGCUGCCCCCAGAGGAUCUCAAACAGGUCUGCAAAUAUUUGCAGAGCACCGUGACCAAAUUCAGCGCAUCAGCAACCGUGGUCGCUGACGCGGAGGAAGCCCAACGCUCCUUGACGCCCAUCGCUGAGGAGGUGAUCAAAGCCUACACCAUGUUGGUGGGCACCCUGCUGAGAAUCAACAGUGGAGCAGGCUACAGCCUGUCCAAAGAGUUGAAGGACGCCGGCGACAACUUGACGGAGGCCGUGAAUGCCUUGGGCAUGGCCGUUUGCACCAGCAGCCUGGCUCCCUCUGCCGGCAAGGUUCUGGAGCAUGUCACUGCUUUGGAAAAAAGUUCCACCCAGAACCGCGCAGCCAUCAUGAGGCGCUUGUUGAAGUCACUGGCCCAGCUCCGGGAUGCCAAUCGCGAGAUGGCCGAGGAGUUGGAAGCCCCCGACAGUGGAAAUAGUGGACCGCGGGCAGAAGUCUUCAGUGGCGAUGAGGAGCUCCUGGAGGAUGACGAUGACCUGUCAAUUCCACCCAUGGAUCCAUCAGAGAGGACUUUGCUGGAGAACGUGCGCUGUGUCUCCGAACAUUUCGAGGAUUUGGUGAAGGAGGACUACUGGGAGCACAUGCCAGAGCUUGGAGUUUGUGUUCAUCAUCACCUGCAACCUCGCAAGAAGUUCCAGGACAAGCCGAAGGAGCCACAGAAGAUGAAAGCCCGCGCAGGGGAACCUGCACCUUCAACAGUGUCGGGAUCUCAGCAGCGCGCAGGGGCGGAUUUGAAGAGUUCUGAGUUGGGCCGUCUACCAUAUGGAGCAGUUCUACUGCAGAAGGAGUUGCGUGGAGAGCGUUUGGGGUUUCAGCUGCUGCGCGGAGCCGGGCCACUGGAAGGCUACGUGUCGUUGAGGAUCAAGGGAAAGGAGCUACUCCAGAAGUGUUUGGUUCCUUUGGAUCCUCCAGAAACACACGUCCCCAACGUGUCGAUGGAGGUUGAAAUGCCAACACACUGCUUGACCAGUCUUUUGGACUUCCAACGCGUGGCCAACUUCCGGGACCUCGCGGAGGGCCUCGGCGCGCGGGUCGCGUUGCGCCCUGGGAAGCUCUUCCGCACGGGGCACUUCGCGGCGGCCCUUCGCGAGGAUCUUGGGCGUUUGGACGCUUUGGGCAUUCGAACCUGCGUGGAUCUGAGGGACGGGCUCGACUUCGAAGGGGCUGAUGCUCCAGUGUACGACAUCUUUCCUCCGCGACCCCGAAGUCCACGGAGUGUCCCUUCAGCGGAGCCGGGGACACGGCGGCGACUUUGGUGUCCCUUCAGUAAAGAUCUGAAGCUUCGCAGCUGGUCUUCGGAGGAGAAACUAGGCCUGGUGCCGCAGCACCACCGACGCGCUUGGCACAGCUGGUGGUACCGCGGCGAUGGACAGGCGGCGGAACCAGCGGGCAACGUGGGCGAAGGGUAUCAGCGAUACGUGCGCCUGUUCAUGGAGAAGAAGGUGGAGGUCAACCAAGCCUCCAAUCUAUGCGCCCUGAAUCGUGCCAUCUUGUUGGUCAACUCGGAUGAGGUCUUGAAAGCAAUGAAAGCACUGAGUGAGGUCCCUUGGCAACGGGGAUUGGGGUCCAAGGACCAAAACAAGUGUACCAGAUUGUACUGGCUGAGGGCACAGGGCCGAUUUUUGUUGGCGAAUGCUAAGGAGAAAAACUACCCUGUGGCCUUUGGCUGCGUGGCAGGACAGCAACUUACCAACCAGUUGCCUA